UCUCCCGCCCCUGCCGGAAGUGAACGUUCACUUCCGGCGGGGGACCCUCGGGCCGGGAGUACGGGCUCCGGACGGGCCGGUGACGAGAUGACCACGCUCCGGGCUUUCACCUGUGACGACCUGUUCCGUUUCAACAACAUUAAUCUGGAUCCACUAACAGAAACUUAUGGGAUACCAUUUUAUUUACAAUAUCUAGCUCACUGGCCCGAGUAUUUCAUAGUUGCAGAGGCUCCUGGUGGCGAGCUCAUGGGCUACAUUAUGGGUAAAGCAGAGGGCUCAGUAGCCAGAGAAGAGUGGCAUGGUCAUGUCACAGCCCUAUCAGUUGCCCCUGAAUUUCGACGCCUUGGCUUAGCUGCUAAAUUAAUGGAGCUACUAGAGGAGAUUUCAGAAAGAAAGGGUGGAUUUUUUGUUGAUCUCUUUGUAAGAGUGUCAAAUCAAGUUGCAGUCAACAUGUAUAAGCAGCUGGGCUACAGUGUGUAUAGAACAGUAAUAGAAUAUUAUUCUGCAAGCAAUGGAGAGCCUGAUGAAGAUGCUUAUGAUAUGAGGAAAGCACUCUCCAGGGAUACAGAAAAGAAAUCCAUUAUACCCUUACCUCAUCCUGUGAGACCUGAAGACAUUGAAUAACUCUAGGCAGUGGUUCUUAGGCAGAGAAUGCUCCUGAUCAUCUUUUAUGGACAAUAAUAUUUUUCAUUGGAAAUUGACUCUAAAAAUCAGUUUCAGAGAUGUGUAUACAGGCACAUCUUGAAGAUCCUUUAGGAGAAAAAUAAUCACUUCAUGUCUUGAAGACUUGAGUAAGAAAAUACUUUCUAUAUGGACUUCUUAAUUUAAACCCCUAAGUCCCAGUCUAGCACUAGCACAUUAAAGAAAGUUCUUCACUAUAUUUCAUAUGCAAUUAAAAAGGCAGCUAGGCCAAAAGGAAGCAAGACAUUCCAUUAUCAUGGUUCACAGUAUUAGGUAAGUACUAGGGAAAUAUUGGCUUCAUUUCUCUUAUAAAUUCUGUGCCUGAGAAUCACUGCUGCCUCUAUUUUUUUGAUCUUCAUAUUGAAUAGUUAAAUGAAGCUUUAAAAGCAGUUGUGAAAAACUCAAAUGUAUAAAGAUAAAAUGUAUAAUAAAACACAAAUUCACUAUGUGAA